CUUCUGCCAUCCUGAAAGGGGGAUGGUCGGAGACUCAUUUGGCAACCCUGCACAAAGUCUUGGCAGCACCACGCAAGUCUGACAUAAAGAACGUGCUACAUCUACGUUUGUAAUUAUCAGGGAUUGUGACUAACCAUGGCUGAUGAGGGAUAUGUAGUACGCAUCAGGGGUCUCCCUUGGUCCUGUUCAGUGGAUGAAGUACAGAGGUUCUUUUCUGAUUGCAAAAUUGCCAACAAUGGAAGCAGCAUCCAUUUUACCUACACAAGAGAGGGACGUCCCAGUGGAGAGGCAUUUGUGGAGCUGGAGACAGAGGAAGACUUGAAGAUUGCUGUGAAGAAAGACAGAGAAACCAUGGGCCACAGAUAUGUAGAGGUUUUCAAAUCCAACAACGUUGAGAUGGACUGGGUCAUGAAGCACACCGGUCCAAAUUGUCCAGAAACCGCAGGAGAUGGGUUGGUCCGGCUCCGAGGCCUUCCCUUUGGCUGCAGCAAGGAGGAGAUAGUGCAGUUCUUCUCAGGGUUGGAAAUCGUGCCAAAUGGGAUAACAUUGCCGGUGGACAUCCAGGGGAGGAGUACGGGGGAGGCCUUCGUGCAGUUUGCUUCACAGGAUAUAGCUGAAAAGGCUCUAAAGAAACACAAGGAAAGAAUAGGGCACAGGUACAUUGAGAUCUUCAAGAGUAGCCGCGCUGAGGUGCGGACGCACUAUGAACCCCAGAGGAAACCCAUGGGCAUGCAGAGACCCGGCCCCUAUGACCGACCCUCAGGUGGUCGCGGCUACAACAUGAUGGGCCGAGGGGGAUCCUAUGACAGGAUGCGUCGUGGAGGCUAUGGAGGAGGUGUAUCAGAUGGUCGUUAUGGCGAUGGUGGCUCCUCCUUCCAGAGUACAACAGGCCACUGUGUUCACAUGAGGGGCCUCCCAUACCGAGCAACAGAGACAGACAUUUACAAUUUCUUUUCCCCAUUGAAUCCAGUGCGGGUCCAUAUCGAGAUCGGCCCAGAUGGGAGAGUGACGGGGGAAGCAGACGUAGAGUUCGCCACACAUGAGGAUGCUGUGGCAGCCAUGUCCAAGGACAAGGCUAACAUGCAGCACCGUUACGUGGAGCUGUUCCUGAACUCGACAGCAGGAGGCAGCAACGGAGCCUACGGCAAUCAAAUGAUGGGCGGCAUGGGCAACCAGUCCUCCUACAGCGGUGGCCAACUGAGCUCUGGGUACUCUGGUGGAUAUAGCAGCCAAGGCAGCAUGGGAGGCUACAGUGACUAUAUUAGGUAACCAGAGCGGAAUGAACAGCAGUUACUAUGGCGGCGGUGGAGGAGGAGGAAGCAGAGGCUCUAUGAAUGGACUUGGUGGAGGAUGGGGAAUGUAAAAAUUUUUUCCCUCUUUAGUUGUUUUUUAACUAAGCAUUUUUCUGGGCGGACUGGAAAUGUACAUCUCACCUAGUAAAAUAGGCAGGGUCAGGUGAGGUUCUUUUUGAAAAUGAAGGUGGGUAGGGUUUGGAUUUUUUUUUUUUUUUUUAAAGUUGAUCUUCAAGGAGAAAUGAGAGCAUCUGGUACCACACAACGUAUGUCAGAAAGAACCAGUGUCUUCCUCAUUCCUCCGCACAGCUGUCAUCAGAGAAACUGUUUGUGCUUCAAAUUUUCAUUACCAGAAAGUGUGUUUUUGUGUUACCAUUCUACAAACACCUGGCAGUUCCUUAAGAAUAAUCCAUCUUGUGUUGAUGGCUUUUUUCCUUAAAGUAAAUGUCUGAGUGCAUGAACAAACAUGUAAAUACGUCUGGAAACUCAAUGUUUAUUCCUUGUUUCAUCUUAAACCUACAUGUUUAGCCUUUUUUUUAAUUUACAGUUGAAAUGUUAAUUUCUGCGUCCACAUGGUCAAGUUUUUUUUUUUUUUUUUUUUUUUAAAGGCGUUAAUGUGGAUAGGGCAGUUUUUCUUGAUGAGGGCUACACCAAGCUUUUGCCAACAUGAAGGUUUCUACUGCUUCAAAUCCUAUUCUUUGUAUUUCCUGUGCACAAAGUGAAUAAACUAGUCUGGAAUAUCUAAA